CACACAUCAGUGUCUGUAUAAAUUUACAAACAGUCUAUGUCAUAUUUACAGGCAUGUCUAUUCCUAUUCCUAUAAUGAUUCGGUUGUUUGAUUAGCAGUUCGCACCAUUAAAGUCAAGAAUAAUAAUUGUCGCACGACGUCGCACAUCAAGUUGUCCGAGUGUAUGUCUAGAGUAAUAUAAUCAGUAGUAUGGCAAUUCUGAACAACAUAAGACCACUUCUAGUGGGUGCUAGAAUAUUUGGUUGUUCUCCUCACCGAAUAACAGAUCGCGAAUUUAUAAUCACUAAAUUCGGUCUUGUUUAUUCACUUCUUAUUGCCGCGAUUAUUGGAUGCAUUUUUAUUUUUGAUUUUUAUAUAAAUGUCUAUCAUACAAUCGAAUUCAAAAUGCGAUUACUUAUUUUUGUACGAAGUUGUCUUUAUUACAUUAGCAUACUUACUGACGGUGUUAUUGCCAUGAUUUGGAACGGCUUUUUGAACAUAAUUGUAUCUCGGAUUUACAAUUUUGAUUAUGCAACAAAGUACAACCAAAACAGCAAUUAUAAGAUGAUAAACGCCUGUAAAUUUUUAAUUAUUAUUGUUCUGGCGUAUUGGACCGCUGUUGGUUAUUUUACCUACUUCUGCGAAGAAAGUGAUUUUAUUUUCUAUGCUGUUGCUUACUCUGUUGCUAAUGUUACAAUGUCUAUGCAAAUUAUGAAAUUUAUUGGAUUGUUGCUGCUACUCUACCAACGUUUCAAUUAUUUAGAUCAAAUGAUUCUGCAAAGUGACGUUAAAAGAGGGCUUACUGUAAUCGUAUACCCUGAAAGAGGUAACAUGAACCUUCAAGAGAUCUGUUGGCUUCAUUAUCUCCUAGUGACAGCAUCGGAGGAAAUCAACAGCGUUUAUUCUACCCAAUUAUUUUUCUGGAUAACAAUAAGCUUUUUGAACGGACUAUCGAGAAUUUAUACCCUUACAACAAUGCAAGCUGAACAAAAGUUGUACCUCGUAAUUCGAGACUCUUUCUCUGUGGUUGCUUGCGCUGUAAAUUUAUUCGCUAUUUCUGCAUUCAGCCACUUCACUGCCGCUCGAGCUAAUAAUAUUAGAAAAUCAACUUUUGCUCCUCAAGCUUCAAUAAAAAUGAAAAAAAAUCUUGAUAAUUUUGAAGUAAUCGCGUAUUUUUACCUCAAGAAAUUACGCUUCACAGCCGCUGCAGGAUUGAUUCGAGUUGAUCUACCUCUUCUACUAUCGAUUAUUGGAGCCAUAACGACAUAUCUCGUUAUUCUUCAUGCAAUGAAUCCAUAAAACUUACAACUGUUAUUUAAUACUGGAUACCAGUAACUGGAGUAAUAUAAUUAUGGUAGUAAUACA